AUGGCGAACGCGCCGCUAGUUGUCACGAAUGCGCAGACUGGUGCUGGACCAAAGGGCAAGAUUUUCGACGGUCUGGCCUUCUUCCUGAUCCAACGCGUUCCACAACGAAACAAAUUCAUUGCCGACAUCGAGGCCAACGGUGGGAAGGUGGUGAAGGAUGAGCGCGUCGCUGACUACCUCAUUGCCGACCACAUGCGCAAUGAUGCACCUGGAGGCAGUUACUCGUACACUUUCAUACAGGCAGCAAUUCGUGACGGCCAAUUGCCCAAUCCUGGCGACCACGCUACUGGACGCAGGAAAGGAUCUGUCCGUGAGAUUGGUUCUACUGCAAUAGCAGCUAAACGCACAAGAACACCCUUCACGGCCGAGGAUGACAGACAGCUGUGGCAAUGGGUCCAAAGUGAGAAAGCGGCAGGAGCAUCGGUGAAAGGCAAUGAAAUGUACAAGAGACUGGAAGCUGCGAAUCCACGGCACACCCAUCAAGCCUGGCGCGAUCGCUACGUCAAACAGUUGAUGGAUAAGCCGCCUGUUGGUAUACAAGCAACCGACGCGACCACUGCGCCUUUGAGACCAGCAUCAGCAGCUCUAGAUGGGUCCGAAGAAGAGCCCUUGCCGGCUGUACCACACGCGCGUAAGCAGUCCCCAAGGAAGCGUCAGAAGGUCGACCAUCCUAGCAAAGUUGGCAAACAGCCAAGCGUGGAGAGUAGUGACGGCUUGCAAGACGAUAUUGAGCUCCUCCAGAAGGAGGUGAACUUCAUUGAAGAUAUGCCGGCAGACAGAGAGGGUGAAGCUUGGGCAUCCUUCGCGAAGGCGUAUCCAAAGCGCACAUCGCAAGAGUGGAAAGAGCUGUAUAUUACCUCUGUGAAACCACCACUUCAUGCUCAAGCUAUUCGUGGAUCCUCUGCGGCUGUUGACCAAAUUCUCGCCCAAGCUCAACUGGCUUCAGCAAAAGGAAUGACUCAGAGUAAGAAGCACAAACGUGUUGCGCCUCCUCGCGAGAUAAGUCAAUCGCCCUCGGAUGUACCGGACGCGACGCCGGACACAGCCUGUGGUAGGGAUAUUAUACAAAUUGUCAGCUCACCUCAUAGCAUCAAGACCACAACAGCACGUCGGGCCUAUGAUGUUGAAGUCAAUGCCUCCAACAGUGCUCUACAUACUGCAAAGGAGCAAAUACGAUCCGAUUCAGGGGCCAUUCCUCUCGAUCGGCAUGAUGAUGUACUCCGGGAUGCUAUAGUGACCUCCGACGUCAACGAGGCUGCGGAACAGCAGCUGCAAGCGGAAUCUGUCGAUCAUCUAAUAGCAUCAUACGAGUCGGCGAAACGUCAGGAUCCCACCGAUUCUAACGUCAUGCCAACUAAUGAAGUCAACGAGCGGGAUGAAGUGGAGUCACAAGGCUACGUGCAACCUCCAAAACAUCAGAGCCGAGACUUCUUCGGUCGCCCUCGGUCUGACACUCCAAGCUCUUCAGUCGCUGCCGCUGUGGAGGAACAAAAUCGAGAGGAAGCUCGAUCAGCAGCCAUCGAAACCGCCGGCUUCGCUCUGACCGAGGCAAAUCUCGCUGCUCAGGAAGAGCAGCUAAGAGAGCCCAAGCUUCGUGGUGUAGACUUGCCUGAAGAUGACGAGAUGAAAGAUCAAAGCGAUUUUCUCAAGUUUCUGCAACACACCAUGGGCGUGCCCAUCACCCAGCCCGAGGCUUUUGAGGGGGUCCGAGAUGAACAGCAUUCAAACGGAGUCGAUGAAGACCAAAUGCUGCCAUCUACACCUAUUUUGGCAGCUCAAAGUCGCGUCGCCCAUGCGGACGAUAGCACGGACAAUAUGCCUCUGAGAAGCGAACACGUACAUUUGUCCUCCCAAGAAGAGGUUGCCGAAGUACUUGAUUCGAAUUUGAACUGGCCCAUGUCUCCUGAGCAGCAAAGAAAAAGAAAUGAGGAGCAGAGCCUGCCGUUCGAGACACAAGUUCAUCGUACCACCACGCCGCCGCAGGCCUACACGACAGAAGCCUCGAGUCAAUUUGCAAGUCGAUCGUUAUUGUCGCAAAUCAAUGGAGUGGCAUCGUCGGCGGACGACGGCGUCAGCCUGGAUCAAUCGCCGCAACACGCGGGUCGGUUGUCGCCUUUUCCAUCAAGUAGCCAGAUAAAUUACCCGGAAGACACGUACAAUGGUGAAGAUUUGGAAGGCACGGAUGCUGGCUCAGAGGCAGGCGAAAUAGAUCUAACCCUUGCCGAGCCUGAAGGCGGCUUCGGUUUCACUCCUUCACCAGAGCGAGACCAACGACUUCGUAUGCCUCUCGAAGCAAAGAGUAUUUGCCACGACAGCCGAGGACCCGCUCUGGACACAACCGCAAGAUCCACUCAUGGCACGAAUUCCGGCAAUUUCGUAGAGAUCUCCUCUGCGUCUCCUCCUAGCUCAUCACUUGAAAGUUCGGUUCAUUCUGAAGGCAGGCAUUACAGCGGAGCGAAAAGGGGAGGCCAUGCUCUCGAGACACAAGACAUUUACAAUGCCGAAACACAAGUGCCAGAUUUUGGAAUGCCGCCGCCUUCCUUCAAUGGAGGACCAGAUGAGACCAUGGAUAGCCGUCGUCUAAAUUUCGACGAAACCACGCUGAAUCUUGGCCGAACAAACCCACCUGCCGCAGUCUCAUCGCAACCAGAAGGUAUCGAUCCGCAAGACGACCAAAGCUAUGAACGAUCUCCAGAUGACGAGGACGAAGAUCCUUCGUCUCAGGAUGAUGCGGCAAAGCUCGAAGAUUGGAUGGCUACUAUGCAGGUAAGAGGGUACAAAGAAGCGGCGAUUGUACAAGCACUGAAAUGCACCUCGAUGCGAGUGGAUCUUGCACACCUUGUGUUGAUAUCGACCAAAGCAGGUAAAGGAGUGCCGGGCGAUGUUCCGGGAAUUUGGAGCGAGCACGAAGACAGCAUACUCGAAAGUGGCAAUGCUAGAGGCAUCAGGGAUUUAGAAGCCAAGCAUGGCUGGGAUGAGUGUGAAGCCAGACUUAAUUACUUGGCUGAGUGGCGAGACGCUUGA